AAAGAUGACUCUGUGAAACAAAAUGGAUUCAGCCAAGUCCAGCCUUAUCCCAAACGCACAGCAUGUAAACAACGGAGGGGGGAGUGAAUCACCAAUGGAAGAAACGGUGCUGCAGACUGUGGAUGGAGAGAGGCAGAGGGAGACGGAAACCAGAGAGCUUGAUGUCGUUGACGGGAAAGCUGAAGACCUAAACAUCCACCACAAGAGGGCAGCAGACAAACACAAGUACAGCACAAUCGGCUAUCAGAGGCGAACGAAGCAAAAGGUCGUGGAUGACUUUGCAACUCUGAGUAAAGGAACUUCUGCAGGAGCCAAACCCAGAACUGCACUCAAACAAGUCCUGUUCAGCCAGGGAGUGUCUGACAAAGCGUCUGAGGAGCGAAGUCAACUGGAUGGGUUGAAGCAAGUCCUGGAGGCCUUCUCUCUGUCAGAGGAUCUCAGGUGGAGAUGGAACGAGGAAAGUCAGGGAACCACGCUGGAGACGAGCUGGACAGAUAUAGUGCAGUCUCAUUCAACAAUGUCAAAAAUGCAGAGACACCAGCAGGAGGCGCUGUGGGAGUUUGUCUAUACUGAACUCACCUUCAUCAACAAGCUGCUUAUUAUAAAAGACUUGGUUAUUGCGGCUCUUGUCCAAUUGCACCAAAAAGGAUUUCUCCAGGAGGUGACCCCCGAGCAGCUUUUCUCCAACCUCCCCUCCAUCCUCGAAGAACAUCAGCAGUUCUGGCAGGAGGUGGUUUAUCCGAUGUUACAGGAAGCGCGAAAAACGGGCAAUCCCUUUGACCCCAUGAGGUUAGACCCUGGAUGCCUCCAGUUUCAUAAACGCUUCUCUUCCUAUCAUGAAUACUGCUGGAAGGAGGAAGACAAUCUUGAAUUCUCGCGCAGGCAGAUGGAGAACAACCUACAUUUCUCCACUUACGUCCAGUGGGUAGAGAAUCAUCCUCAGGGCAAUCGGAUGCGUCUUGGAGACAUGCAGGCCAAACCCCAUCAGAGGAUCACAAAGUAUCCCCUGCUGCUCAAAGCUGUGCUCAAACACACUCAGGACCCUCAUGUGGAGCACACACUCAGAGGCAUGUUGUUCAGUGUAAAGAAAUUUUUGGAAGGUAUCAAUGACUACCUGCGACUAAAAGAUGAGCAACACGCACUCAACAUCUCUGCUCAGAGGUUUGAUGGGUAUGAGGUGGAUGGACUAAAUGAGGAAAUUGACAGGCAUGUCCGAGAGAUCUGCAAGUUUGACCUAACGUGCCCCAUCAAAGGUGUAGGUUCUGAAGUUGUACGCAAGCUGCUGCGUGAGGAGAGCUUGAAGGUUCGAGGCAGGAAAGACAGUAAACUGGAGUUGGUGGCUCUGCUUUUCUCAGAUGUGCUUCUACUCACCAAAGUCCAGAAGAAAACAGAGCGGCUGAAGGUGGUUCGACCUCCUCUGGCCCUCGACAGGAUGUACUGCAUACCACUGAAAGAUGGCUAUUCAUUUCUCCUUGUGGAGGUAGGUGAGCUUCAGAGCGCUAUGAAUGUCGUCAUACUUGUCGCCAGCACCUCAGAGAAUUGCUCCAUAUGGGUGUCCACCAUCCACCAAGCGAAGGAAACACUGAGGCAGUUGAGAGAGGCAGAGCACAACAGACAGGAGACAGAGACAAACCAGCAAAAUGAAAACCCAGAAGCAAUGACAGACGAUGUGGAGACAGAAGAACAACCUGUUGCACAGCCAGGAAUGGAGACCUCAAUGGACGAAUCCACUGAUGAUACUUUUAUCUCUAACUCGAUAAAUGGGUUGGCAGAGCCAGAACCGUAUCAAUCUCCAGAUGAGAUGACCACUAAUAAAACUGAGUUACCUUUCUGGUGCACAGAGCCCAAUAACACUGAGGACAAAAUCGGGAGCAGGAGGCGUUCACCAGCUUUCAGGGGACAUGAAUGGAUAGAAUUGGGAGUGAGGUAUGAUCAAAGUGGAACCCAGGGGGAGGAUGAAGAUAGAAUUGUUGAAUCUCAGAUUACAGAGGAGCAGAGCAUGACUUUGAGACAGUCUUUCCCUCCUCAGGAUUCUCUCACAAGUGCUGCACUGCCAUUUAAACAUAACACUGUAAGAACAUACAGAUUUUUACCAGGUGAACUCCCAGAUGUUGACUACCCAACAAAUGAAGAUGACACUUUACAAUCUAAUUAUCAACCGAUAAUAAUGAAGGGACCUGAGUUUUUAAGACAGCAAGAAAUAUUAACAAGAAAAGACUCAGAUUCCCUCUCCGUGAACCAGGACACAGGGAGAAAUUCCAGUGGCAGUCUGUUUGGAGACACUAAGACACCUCAACAGGCGUGGGUCUCCAGAAAUAUAAAGUCAACUGGGAUACAACGGAGGAGACCAGUAAGCACAAAUCCAGUCACUUUUCGCACAUCUAAGGAGUUUUUUCAGAGUUUGGAACAAACUGGGGCUGCUUCAAACAACUACUUUUCCUCUAAUUUUGGCUCAGACUACAACCCAAAGCUGAAAAGAAACUCUCUUCCUACCUACAUGCCCUACCAAUCUAAUCCACAGCAGACACUCAAACUGGGCACCCUAAAGUCAAACCCAGACACGUUUUGGAACGAUAGAGUCUUUUCUGAUCCCCAAGCCUUCUCUGAAUCUGAGCUGCCUGACAGGGAGUUUGAAAACAAAAAGCCCAAAAUAAAAACCCACAGAAGUUCUUCUGUUUCCAACAUGAAACCAAAAGGAAAAGCCAGAUUUCGCCCCAUUAGCUUACACACGUCACCCCAAGCAGACGAUGAACAUUCCUCACGACUGGAGGGCCUUUUAGAAAGAGCAAAAGACAGAGACAGGGGGAGAGGAGGAUUUAAAAAAGACAGAAAUUUAAAAACAACAAAUCUGAGGUCAAGAGACCGUUCUCCUUCUCCCUCAUUUUCUGCCACAUCUUCGCCGUCACGCAGUGAUGGAGACAGAGACACAGACUUGGAGGAAGUGGAAGUAGCAAGACCCAAGGCCCUCAGCGUGAGUCAAGGAUGGAAGGAGCAGCUGGUAGAUGGAGAUGAAGAUGAGCAGGUGAACAGUGUGUUUGCAGAAGGUGUAAAUGUGGAUUGGCCCGGCUGGUGCUUUGAUGACGAAGAAGUUAAUGAUCAUUUACGUCCUUCCACAAAUGGUUUUCUGGAGGAAAUCAACCAAUCUUUGGCCUUGUGUGGUAUCAGCGAACUGUCGGAGCAAGAAGAUGGCAAGUGCAGCCAGGUGUAGCGCGGAAACGGCAUUGCAGCUGUAGCCACAGAGUGGUUUCAGCACUAAACUGCCAGCCAGCUAGCUGAGGUCAGUCGCAGUGGGUUGGUUAAAAAUUUAGUCUGUGAAUCUUAAUUUCAGAGCGAUGAAUUGACAAGGAUGGUAGACUUGAUUGAAGCAACGUAAGGAGGGAAAGGAGAUUUACAAAAGAUACUUCUUUGCACAAAUAUUUUAUUUGUAGCACAUCGGUCCUUACUGUCUGAAUUUUGGACCAUUAAUUAUUCUGAAGUGAAUGUAAAAUAGCGAUAAAUAGUAGUCAGUGUUUGGUUUAUAGAGCUAGUGUUUGAUGUAAAUACUGAAACUUGUUUUCUAAGUUGCUGUGUAUUUUAUUUAUAUGAGCACCAAUAGUUCUCUGCCACUGACCAACAAUAAUUCGACUGUGCAUACGUGUAAUAAACAAAAAUAGAUUUA